GUCAACGUCGUCGUCGUCGUCGUCGUCGUUGGUCGCGGAGCGAGAAUAAGCGCUCCUUUGCCGUGUGCCGAUUGCAGCGCGAUCCUCAUUGAGAAGUACGCGGUGGAGAAGGAAAGUGUGCUUUUUUGUUCGCUGCCGUUCCGCGCGGUAUCUAAUUAGUGCAAAGUCAACGGGCGGAUAAAGGAUAAUCAUCGAGUGGCGGUUUGUUGGUGAAAUCGCGGGAGGACGACCAGAAAGGGCCAACUGGUGUAUGACACUGGUACUUAACAUUGAAUUCAUGUAAAAUGGGAAACUGGUUAUAUUUGUUUACCAUUCUGACACUGGCAGUGUUGUCCAGUGGAAAUCGGGAACACAAAGUUCACAACAUUGUGCUAUAUCCUGAUAAGCAUUCUUGGUGUACAACACGAAACAUUAGCCAAGUGAUUAGUUACCCUGGUUGCAAACAGGUAACGAUUGAUAACAAUGUGUGUGUGGGAGCUUGCUUCAGUUACUCGAUUCCACAUACGGAACCUUCGGAUCCCGGGGAAGUCAUUGGUCCAUACUGUGACAGCUGUCAGCCAUCGGAAACCUCAUGGCAUCAUGUCACGUUAGAUUGUUCGGAAAAUUCCAUCUCCAACGGUGACGAGGAAACGAAACCAACUGUCCUGGUGAAACGUGUCCAAAUUAUCAAAAACUGUUCGUGCACUUCAUGUGAGAAGCAAGCUCACAAAAAGCAUCAGCAUCACCACCAUCAAGAACCCAACCAGGUGGUGCAAGUUACAUCAACGGCAGCUUCCCUGAUCCAGAACGACAUUCCGGAACUGUUGGAAGUAGUUCCCUAUAGCGAAAAUGAUACCGAACCGAUUCACCACUCACCGGUUCACUCUCACCAGAGUGGAUCCCACGGUACGACCUAUCUUCAGCAGCACCAAUUGAAUCACUACGAACACCACAGCCACACCGACAAUGUAAAGAAAUUACUGCAUCAAAAAAUCGCCGGUCUGCUUAAGAGCAUCGAAGAAAACAACUCAAAGCAGGACCGCGAACAGUUGGUAGAAAUGAUCAAGCUCAUCAAGGGUUCCAGCGAUCGCAACUGGGACGCACUGGUGGAAUCCCUUCAAACGGAAAACACGAUCCUAGAUUUCGAGCGGCUUCGAAACGAGCUGGAAGUUGAAGAGGAUCCAGAAUUCCACCCGCAACCGAAAACACCCGAACAGGAAGAUCACGAGCGUCUGCUCAAACAUCAAUUCGACAUCCUGAAUCACCAUUCCAGUGGCGAGCAGCAUCCACAUCAUCAACCACCGUUGCAGCAUCAUCACGUGGUGGGUGAGAAGAUCGAUCAGCAUCAUCACCUGGAACGAGGACCACACGGAGCACUGGUUAUCAGCUCGGACGAGGAGGAUGCCGUUUCCAGGAUGAACCACGGGCACGAAAUUAAGGAAAAGAUUAACAUUCAUCCGCACGAGCUGAAACCGAAUCAUGUCGGGGCUAUCCUGACCUAUGAUAAUCACCACAGUGAGCAUCCGAGUGGAAAUGAUGGCACCCAUCAUCAUCACCAUCAUCAGCAUCAUCAUAAUGGCGCCGCUCGUCACCACGACGACAGCCGAGUGGAGUCGAAUUGAGUUGCAAGAAGCGCGAGCUAAGUUUUUUAUUGUUUUUUUUUCGGUUUCUAGUCGUUAGUGAUCUUUGUUUUCGAUUCUUACCUUGGCUCUAAUCUUGCUUGUUUUAUCAUCAACCAACUGCUAGUUGACAAUCGGACGGUUUUAGCCUUUAGAGUUUUAACUGUUUGCAAGCCGGUUCUAUGCGGUAUGCUGUCCAUUAUGAUGAUGACGCGCACACACACCGACACACGUGUGGCAGUGGUUUUUCUUAUUAUUAACACUUUGAGAAAGGUGUUGUAUUUAGCCAACGUAUUUACUCUCCAUCAUGGAUGAUGUUUUAUUUCUUAAUGUUUAGUAUUUAUUAUUUUUUCUGUUCGGAAGCUGGUCUACGCAGAAGUGAUUUGAAUUGAAAGAUACACAAAAUUUUUGUACGGUAUCAUGUUGAGCAUUGUGGGAGUUCGACGUCGGGAAAAUAAGAUAAGAAAGUUACGCAGACAUUUUCAGAAAAUAAAUUUAAUGACCUAAAAGGA